AAUUUAUAAAAGUUUAAUAAAAGUCUUUAAAAUGCUUUCUCUCUCUAGCUUUCAAUUUCUCUCUGGAAAGUCAUCAGGGGCUUCCCCUCUUGCUUAGGCAAGGGGGCCUUGGGAGCUUUCCUUAGAGGAAGAAGAUAGCUUUCUUCUCUCAAAUUGUUUUUUCUUUUACAGGUGUUCAAUCAACCGUUUUUUCUUGUGCCAAGUUUAGUUUAUUCGGUUCUGUUCUCUGGUUCUAAUGGAUAUUGAGAAUCCUCUCCCUCAAGUUCAUGAAGAUGUGGUCAAUCAAGUUCAUAAGGAUGUGGUCAAUCAAGUUGAUGUGAUUAUGGGAACACCCAUGCAUGUCUCAUCAACGGUUCAGGCUAUGGAAGGAGUUGUUUCCUCUGAUCCUGCUAAUCCUUCUGUAAUUAAUCAGGAAAAAGUUUCUUUCAGAGAGGCUGUGAAUGCUUCAUCACAAUGGUUCUCUGGCACGCAAAUUAUAAUCACUUCUACUGAGUGGGAGGAUGAACCUUUUUCCCCUCCGGAGGAUGCAAAGGCUGUAUCUUUCCCCAAAGAAACUCUCACUAAGCUCAGACACCCAUGGAAAUUGACUUUAAUGGGUAAAUGCUUAGGGAUCUCUGUUAGACCUUCUUUCAUAACCCAACGAGUGAGAGCUAUGUGGAGGCCUAAAGGCUCUCUUGAAGUUAUUGAUCUGGGAAGAGAUGUUUAUCACUUCCGAUUUUCAACUCCUGAUGAUUAUGAAAGGGCCCUUCUUGGAGGUCCAUGGUUCAUUCUUGAUCACUACCUUAUGCUCACGAAGUGGAAGCCAAAUUUCAGACCAUCUAUGAAUCCAUUCGAUAAAAUGACCGUUUGGAUUCGUUUCCCUGAACUACCAGUUGAAUAUUACAAUAAGGAGGCUCUCUUUGAAAUUGCUAAAUUGGUAGGUAAACCGAUUCGUGUGGAUUAUGCUACUGAUCAGCUUACUCGAGCUAGAUAUGCUAGAGUAUGUUUGGAUAUUGAUCUCAACAAUCCUUUAAUCACCAAGGUAUGGGUUGGGAAUGGAUGGCAAAACAUUGAAUACGAAAAUAUUCAGUGUUUAUGCUUUAAUUGUGGUCGAAUAGGUCAUAGCAAGGAUCAAUGCAAGCAUCUAAACGAUGACAUUGGAGAAGAGAUGAAUGCAAAAGUUCCAACUGCUCAAAGUCAAAAGUUGGUUUCGGUGGACCCACCACCUGCUACUACCCUUAAUCCAAGGGCCUUGGUUCCCCAAUCUGUUUCAGAAUAUGGGCCAUGGACCAUGGUUACCAACAAAAAGAAAACGACAAAAAAGACAAUGGCAUCCCACCUGAAACAAGGUGCUACUACUACAUCUAAAAACAAAACCUCAAUUCCAAAGUCUAAUAAUUCUCAGAAGCCCAAUAAUACCCAGAAGCCCAAUAAUACUCAGAAGCCUAAUAACUAUCCUAAACCCAUUCCCAUGAAACCCAACACUGACAUUAUUCCAAGCCCAAACUCCUUAAGCACCAUUCCAAUUUUAAAAAUGAAAAAAAAAUAGUUUUGAGUUACUUGAAGUGGCUGAGGAUAUUUUAACUACAAAU